ACCUUAUACUUCGUUGGUAGGGGGCGCCGGGAGCGUUGGCCGAGGGCUCGUAAUCAGCCGCCAUCCGCGCGGUCCCACGGCCGCACGCGUCGUCCGCAGGGCGCAAGCGAUCGGAGCAUCACGCUGCGCACCCGAAAACGCCGGUGGACAGCACUGGGGCAGCCCUAGCUAGCCACCAUGCCAGACACGCCGUCGACACGAGGCCGCGCCACCGUCCGGACGCCGGUCAGCGGCGGCAGCGAUGAUACGUGGAGCCCCGAACGAACGCCCGACGUCCGCCCGACGACGGGCGCGAGCGUCACCUUCGGCGAACCGAGCGGCGACCAGUGGGGCGACUACGACACCUUCUCUCCUGAAUCUAGACCGAUGACCGGCGUGUCGAGGCCUACGACCGGGAAAUCGCGGCCCUGGACCGGCGGAUCGGAAAUGACGCGCAUGUCGUCCAGAGCGAUGACCCCACAUACGCCCGGCCAUCUCUCGCGCAAGGACAGCGGCUGGACGGCUCGGACGACGGGCACGGCCCACACCACCGCUACGCACACGUCCGACUACUCGGCAUGGGGUAUGUACUCAGAGGGCUUUGCGGAAAGCGAGCCGCCCGAGAGCUGGCGCGACAAGGUCCUCGAGGCCUGGCGCGUCCCGCCGCUCUGGAGCACGCAGAUGCGGAGCGACACGCACAAGCACCUCGAGGACUGCACGUUACUUCGCGUGAACGCGCAGACCGCUCGAGACGGGCCUUAUAGACAUCGCAUAUCGAUCGAGGAGGCCGACGACGUCUGGGCGCCGCACUUGUAUCUGUACGUGUUCCCGGAGCACCCGGAGGGCUCCGUCGCCAAGGGCAUCGCGCGGCGCUACGUCCUCGACCGCGCGGAGGAGCCGCAUCGAUCUAGAUUAAGGUGGGAGCGCGACGCGAAGCCCCAAACAAGGGACACGGAGCCGAGCUGGUGUGCGCCGCGAGGCGAGUUCAAGUCCUUCUUCGCGCUGCCGGAGCCGCAGCCGGGCCUGUCGGAGUUUCAUAUCGAUUGGACGUCCGCGCCGGAUCGGUAUAUGGUUUCUACGGAAUACCGGCCGGCGGCGGCCUGGCUGCGGUGUUUUAGGUUUUUUGCCUACAAGGCGACGAAGUUCCAUUUGUUAGAACGAGUGUGGCCCCACGGCAGCGAGCUCACGACAUCUUAUAGACUCGUAGCAGGGCACGAGUGUCCUGUCAAUGCGCACUGGCGGUGUUUGUUUGCCUUCUUCGCUUUUGACAGUUGUGUGCCGAACGCCAACCAAUAUACCAUACAACAGUCCGUGGAUGGGUAUGAUCGGCUACGGGUGGGCAUGACGGCGUCCAUCAGGCCUGGUGAGUGGGAUCCAAAUGACCUCAAAUUCUAUGCGUAUGACGUUCCUGUCCCUGGUACUGCCAAGUUCUCCGUCCAGUACCGCGUUCGCGACGGCACGAACAUGGAGUGCGAGCAGAACCGGUUGAGUAUUGACCACGCCGUGGGCCCAUGGGUGGAAAAGUUCGUCUUCUACGGGUACCCGGCGCCGACGAUAGAGCUCGAGGCGCCGAAGGACGAGGAGCUGUACGAGGCGUCGGCCUAAGUGUG